AGACCCUCAAUAGCUCUCUAGAUUUGCGAACCACAUUGACUCCCUCUCCCCAAUUUUCCUCUUCUUAAAAACCUCUAAUUUUCAAUCACCUUACUCCACUCCACCACCCUACACAUCUUUCUCUCCUACAUUUCACGGGAACAACACAAAAAGAAUAAGUGCGCAAACUUCUGAACAAGUUUAUUUCUUUUUACGCAUCAGCCAUGGCUUUGAACUCCAUAGCUUCAAGGCCCUCCUCCUCUUUGUUAUCAAGAAAAUUGAGGAAUUCUUCUGCAAAUGAUUCGGUUGUAGCCCAUUCAGCUAGAUUUCUCUGUUUCUUCAAUCCCAUUCCUCUUUUCUCCAACCUCUCUUUCAAGAAUGCUUCACCAUCACCAGUUUUGUCUGUCUCGGUUAAGGCGUCCUCUUCAUCAACUUCUCCUUCCGCAACUGUCGCUCACUCCCAAGAACUCAAGAUUAAGAGUGUGCCAACGCAGCCAAUUGAGGGGCAGAAGACUGGUACAAGUGGGCUUCGGAAAAAGGUGAAAGUGUUCAUGCAAGAAAACUAUCUCGCCAACUGGAUUCAGGCAUUGUUUGAUUCAUUGCCACCAGAGGAUUACAAGAAUGGAGUUUUGGUGUUAGGCGGUGAUGGUAGAUAUUUCAACAAGGAGGCUGCACAGAUAAUUAUCAAAAUUGCUGCUGGCAAUGGUGUUGGGAAAAUCUUGGUUGGCAGGAAUGGUAUACUGUCUACACCAGCUGUAUCUGCUGUAAUAAGGAAGAGAGAGGCUAAUGGUGGUUUUAUUAUGAGUGCAAGCCACAAUCCUGGUGGUCCUGAAUAUGAUUGGGGUAUCAAGUUUAAUUACAGCAGUGGCCAACCUGCACCUGAGUCGAUUACUGACAAGAUCUAUGGAAACACUCUUUCUAUCUCUGAAAUAAAAAUAGCCGACAUUCCAGACAUCAAUCUCUCUCAGCUCGGUGUAACAAACUGUGGACCUUUUAGUGUAGAGGUAGUUGAUCCAGUAGCUGAUUAUUUGGAGCUUUUGGAGCAUGUAUUUGAUUUUUCACUAAUCAGGAGCCUUAUAUCACGGUCAGAUUUCAGGUUCAUAUUUGAUGCCAUGCAUGCUGUCACUGGUGCUUAUGCCAAACCAAUUUUUGUGGACAAGCUGGGAGCUAGCCCGGAUUCCAUUUUAAAUGGGGAGCCUCUAGAAGAUUUUGGACAUGGCCAUCCAGAUCCUAAUCUCACAUAUGCCAAGGAAUUGGUCGACAUAAUGUAUGGAGAGAACGGACCUGAUUUUGGUGCUGCAAGUGAUGGAGAUGGUGAUAGAAACAUGGUUCUUGGGAGAGCAUUUUUCGUGACUCCUUCAGAUUCUGUUGCUAUUAUUGCUGCCAAUGCGGAAAAUGCCAUCCCGUACUUCAAAACUGGCCCAAAGGGUUUGGCUCGAUCCAUGCCGACUAGUGGUGCUCUGGAUCGUGUAGCAGAGAAGUUAAACCUUCCCUUCUAUGAGGUGCCCACUGGUUGGAAAUUUUUUGGAAACCUAAUGGAUGCAGGGAAAUUGUCAAUUUGUGGAGAAGAAAGUUUUGGAACUGGUUCUGACCACAUCCGUGAGAAAGAUGGUAUCUGGGCUGUUUUAGCUUGGUUGUCGAUACUUGCUUUUAGAAAUAAGGACAAGAAACCUGGGGAGGAGUUGGUUUCUGUCUCAGAUGUUGUGACUGAGCAUUGGGCGACUUACGGGAGGAACUUCUUCUCUAGAUAUGACUACGAGGAAUGUGAGUCCGAAGGGGCUACUAAAAUGAUAGACUAUCUUAGAGACUUGAUUUCCAAAGGCAAAACCGGCGAUGCAUAUGGAGACUACGCUCUACAAUUUGCAGACGACUUCACCUACACUGAUCCUGUAGAUGGCAGUGUAGUUACCAAGCAAGGCGUCCGUUUUGUGUUCACUGAUGGAUCCAGGAUUAUAUUUAGGUUAUCGGGUACCGGGUCUGCUGGUGCAACUGUUCGUAUAUAUAUUGAACAAUUUGAGCCCGAUUCAUCUAAACACGACUUGGAUGCACAAAUAGCACUGAAACCUUUGAUAGAUCUGGCUUUAUCUACUUCAAAGCUCAAGGAGUUCACUGGAAGGGAUCAGCCAACGGUCAUCACAUAGAUCGGACGAAACAACAGCAUUUGAGCAUACCAGUAGCAUGUUCUAUAUAAGCUAUCACUCAAAGUAAACGGAAGCUCGUUCGUGUGUGCGGACAUUCUUAGUAUAGUUGAGGUGGAUGUGAUUGAGAUUAGUAGUCCUUCUGCUCUGCUACAGGUGUUGAUAAUGAUAGGAGUUGUAUUCAUGGAUCGGAAAAAGAUUUGGACAUCUUUCUAAGGAGUGUGUGGGUGAUGAGAUGAGAUGAUUUGUGUGGAAGUAAGCAAGAAGAUCACGUGAAUAUUCGCCACUUUUGGUUUGAACAGUUGGAAGUAAGAGUUUAGGCACACACUAUCUUUGAGGUCAUCUUCCAUCUCAACAGAUUAGUAAUAGUAAUUGUCCUUCAUUUCUUAAAUGAUGGAAGACUAUUAGGCUUAUCCUUUCCUUUUUCUGUAUAAACUUGUCAUUUUCCAUUACGAGGUUUGGUGGAGGCCUCAAAUUUUGCUCAUUUUGUAUUUUGGUAAAGACUGUGAGAAUAGAGAAAAGUUACAAUUAUUAUUACGAAAAAAUGGCAUUGUCAUGAAGAAAA